UUGCUACCUUGCUAAGGGGUCAAAGUUUACGGGGUCAGACAGCGGUCAUGAGUCGACCGUUCAUCCCUCCGUCUGACUAUUCGGAUGACGAGUCCGACCGGGAGUCCCAGCGGAUCGCUAACGCACAACGGGGGCGACUCUGGCGGUCUUCUCCCGAAAGGGUCGGCGGCGACAACUGGGGCCUGUUCGCUAAAUCACCGGGAGGACCCGCGCUUCCUCCAGGCGGGAAAGGGCCGCAAAGAGGCAGGCCCUUUGCAGGAGAAACGCCUGGCGGUUUGGGACGGCCACGCGGCGGGUUGAACCAGUCGGAGCCGUACAGCCCAAUUCCGAGUGAUUACGAAGAGAGCCGAAGUCGACACGGUGUGGGGGAUAGACCAAGCGAUCGGGACGAGCCACGCGCCAGGGAGAGGGGGAGGCCGAAAGGGGGUGAGGAGGGAAGGGGGUGGGGGCAGGGGUCCCCGACCGGUGGGAGACAUGAUGACGGUUACGAGUCAGACGGCCGUCCACCGGACUUCGGACAGAGACGCCCGGUCCGACACGAUAGGAGAGAAGACCCUCGGCAGUCGGGCAGACCGGAGGCCGAACGAAGCCGACGCGACGAUCCCAACGAUCUCGGCCGACCCGAUGUUGGACGAAACCGACCGAACGACCGCCACGAAACGAGCCGACCGGACGUCGGGCGAAAUCCCCCGGGCGACCGUCGCGAGCUGGGCCGACCGGGCGACCCACGUGACCACAGGUACAGUCCCAACGGCCGCGGGUAUCCUCCUCGAGAACGAGAAGCGCCACGUUCCAGAGAACGGGCUCCAGGGCCAGAUGACUCCUACGAUGGUUUCCGCCCUCCAGACCGCAGGAACCGUAGACCAAGCGGGCAGCCGCGGAGGUACGACCCUGAAGAUCGCUGGGACGAAAGGGAGAACGGCCGCUACCCGCCUAAAGACGGUGCCAUGCCUACACGCGACUACAACCCCGGACAGCGCCGCUUCACUCCCAAAGAACAAGUCCCACCAAAUCGGCGAUUCACACCACAAGACCAGCGUAAUGUGCGGAAGAACACGCCACACGACCCAAGAGUCCCUUCGGACUUCGAACCGGACAGAAUCGACCGUCGCAGACCGGGAGAGCCACCUGGUGGGAGGUCCCAGUACGACAGGGACGACGUCUCCUGGGGGCCACGAUUUCCCACCGACGGCCCGUACGGUAGAGACGAAGCACCCCCCAGUAGCGGCCGUUCAGCACCACCUGUCGACCGCCGUGGUCACGACAUGCCACCAAGUGAGCGCCGCGGGCAGCCCAUGCACAGCCCUCCUAACCCGCAAGGCGUCGUUGCUACUGGGCACCGUCCCGACUUCCCACCCACCUACUACAUCAGCCCACCCCGCGUACCAGAAGGCCCACACCGGCCCUUAGCGAAGAACGGGCCAUAUCCGGAGCGAGAGAACGGCUACAUCUCCGACGCGUCUUCUCGGUAUCGCCCGAGAGACGACUCCUACCAAUCGGACGACGAAAACUCCCGAAGCAGUCAGAACGACGGCUACGAAAUCCCGGCGAAGAAGCCUAACCGAGGCUUUUCGUAUGCACCGAAAGAAUCGCUGGAAAGAUCUUUCAACCAAGGGUCUGGUCUUCCCUUCAACCCGCCUACGCCAAGACCUGGGCUCCUGGCACCGACGUCGCUGGAAACCGUCUCUGAUGAGGACCGAGGUCAUCCCGAGGGACAGCCGUCGUUUGCCGAGGUGUAUCGUCAAAAGCCGACUGCCUAUCCGGAGAAGUCCGAAGACCCGACGGGGGACGACGUCGUCUUCCUGAGCACGACGCUCGCCUAUUGGCUGAUCGGGGUGGGCGUGGCCAGUCUGGUGGUGGGGACCGUCGGCCUGUUCUUCUGUAUGACCUGGCAGGCCAUGGCCGGGGCUCCGCUGUGGAGCGGACUAUGUGUAAUUGCAACCGGGGUUCUUGCAAUCGUGAACAACAAAUAUCCGUCCAAGAUCUUCGUCGUGGCCUUCGUUGUAGUCGCUGUCGUGGCUCUUAUUUUGCAGCUCGUUAAUGUCGGCGUAACAGGAAGUGGGAUUUCUGAUGCUGUUAUUCUAAUCAGUGUGGCCAAUGGAGAUAGUACACAAAGCAGUGUGGACCACGUCUCUCAGCUCCGCAACGAGACGGCCAAUUCCAUCUUUACCGAGAUUACAUCAUCAGUUUUUGAAAAUACUGACAAGUUAGAGCUAUAUGUGAACAUAGCAAUGUUUUCCGUGAUUCUACUUACAGCAGCGGUGGCGAAUGUGCUGCUAAUUUUCGUCCUGGCACGAGCGGUGUGGCGGCUACGUCAGAGGCAAGAAAAGAAGGGAGAGAGGAACAUCUCUAUGAUGAACCUACCACAAGCUGAACACGUCGAGCACCCCAACCCAACUCACAACCAGAGGCACUACAUGGACCCUCUAACGUGAACACCCUCUACCAGAUACACUACCGGACUCUCUGACUUGAACCCACGACUUUACAAUGUACAUGUAAGCAAGCUAGAACAACAUAUAAACAAGAUAGAACAACAUGUAAGCAGGAUAGAACAACAUAUAAGCAAGCUAGAACAGCAUGUAAGCAAGAUAAAAGAGCAUGUAUAAGCAAGAUAGAACAGCAUGUAAGCAACAUAGCACAACAGGCAAGCAACAUAGAACAGCAUGUAAGCAAGAUAGAAUAACAUGUAAGCAAGGUAGAACAGCAUGUAUGCAAAAUAGAACAGUAUGCAAGCAACAUGGAAAAGCGUGUAAGCAACAUAGAACAACAUGUAAGCAGAUAGGGCAACAUGUAAGCAAGAUAGAACAACAAGCAAGCAAGAUAGAACAGCAUGUAAGCAAGAUAGAACAGCAUGUAAGAAAGAUAGAACA